AUGUCCAUGACAGAUUUGCUUUCUGCUGAAGACAUCAAAACAGCCCUCAAUGCUUUCCAAACACCUGGGAGCUUCAAUCACAAGAGGUUCUUCGAGAUGGUUGGUUUGAAGAAGAAGUCGAAGGAAGACGUGGAGAAAGUCUUUAAAAUCCUCGACCAAGAUCAGAGCGGCUUCAUUGAAGAGUCGGAGCUCAAACAUGUACUAAAGGGCUUUUCAUCUGAGGGAAGAGAUCUUUCUGACAGUGAAAUCAAGGCAAUACUUGCAGCCGGUGAUGAGGAUCAUGACGGCAAGAUUGGAAAGUCAGAAUUUGCCAAUCUUGUGGCUCAAGCGUGA